AUGACAAGUAAACCAGUUCUUGUGAUUUUGACGUUCUUUUUGGCUUUCACAUCUKCACAAUCCUUGGAAUAUCUCAACAACGAAGGUGGAGUCCAUUUUGGGAACUUUAGCGAAAGUGCAAGUGGGACAAUUUUCUCUAAACCCGGCAGUCUUUUAUCUAAACUAACAACCAAGAGCACUAAAGAAUGCUGCUUCAAGUGCGUACAAAACAAGGAAUGCUUAUCGGUGAAUACCAUUGCUUUGGAUCAAUCGCGAUAUCAAUGUGAGCUUCUUAACUGGGCAGGGACGGGAUUUGAGAGCCAACUUGUACCAAAAGCCAAAUCCAAGUUUAUGCAGCUGCAGACUACUUGUUCAUCGAACCCUUGUCAAAAUGGCGGACAAUGUACCGUGAAAGAUGGAGGAACAAACUACACCUGUACUUGUACUAAUCACACUGGAAGAAACUGCGAACUAGAAAUAAAUUGCGUACUAUUUGACUUUGAAUCUGGAAACCUCGACGGUUGGACCCUGACAGGAACAGCAUUCACACAUCAGCCAACCUAUGGAGAUAAUGCACUUAUACGAAACCAGAGAACAUCAAACCUCAAAGGAGACUGGUACAUAGGAACAUACGAGAAAAGACCCAGUCUUUCUGAUCCAUAUGCAAUACAAGGUAAUGGACCUACUGGUACUGCGACCUCUCCGCCUUUUGUAAUCAGAGGGAAAAAAUUAAGUUUUCUAAUGGCUGGGGGCGCCGGAGGCAGUCGCGGCCGUUUCGAGUUGCUUAUCAGCGGAUCAGUCGUCAGAACUGAAACCAACACAGCAAGCGCCAAUGCCAUGACUCAAAGAGAGUUCGAUGUGUCAUCUGUCAGAGGACAGGAAGCCCAAGUUCGAAUCGUCGAUGGUUCGUCAGGCUAUUGGGGUAUGAUCAAUGUUGACCACAUCGAGGACAGUUAUUGCACCGAUUAAUAAAUUUUACUUUUUUACAAUUCACGAUUUCCAAAAAUUCUGCGAUAUGUGGUCGCCGACCAAGGUACUGGGAACUCAGCACAAACUUUUGAUGGUGUCUUACAAGAGUGUUUUGUUAUAAAUAACAUACGAAUACAUCUUUCAAACUUUAACACUGUCAUACAUCUGUUAAAUACGACAUUCGUGGUGAUUUUUAGAUGGAAAGACUUGGRGGUCUCGUUUCCAUGAUUUGCCACUAGUCCCUCGAUAUUGACGGUCGUGAACGACUGCCAUUUUUGAAAGUCGUGAAUAGUCUCGUUCAUGUUCAAAGGUUACCAUGUUUUUGCAUUGAAUAGAGAGGACCAGUGAGCAUGCGCCUAGACAGGGGAGUGAUGAGAGUGUUCCAGCUGUUGAAUCCUCCGGAAAUGUAAUACGACUCUAUUGAUUUGGCGAAUUAAGUCUUAUAUUUCAAAGAAUUCGUCUUGUAAGGAAGUGGGAUUCUCUGGAGCCCCCUUGAACCCCCGCGCACGCCGCUUUUAGAGAGCAAUUGCUGAAAGUGUGUCAGUCAUUUAAGGCAAGCUUCCUAUAGAGACCCUCCUUCUAAUGCAAAGACACGCCUACCUUUAUGCAUCGCAUGGAGAGCAGGUGAGGAGACAAUAAUAUAGUCAGGUAUCACAAUUAUAUGUUAUAAUGGACGUAGGUUGUUUUAUGCAUGGAAAACAAGAUAAAUAAAUUUAAACACUUUUUAACAUCGUAAAAAUACGUAGAUGAAAUGACUUACUGGCGUUUCGGAUUUUAAUUCUUAGUCGGCGUAAAGUGAACUCAGGCAUGUUAAGGCUUGACUAAGCAUUGAAACGAGGCUGUACUUUAUCGUGUUAUAACACAAAGGGUUUUCAAGCAAUUGUAGUGAAACUUU